AUGUCUGCCUUUGAAAACCGUUCGUGGGACUCCCUCCCAGACGCCAUCAGUUCAUCGGUGAAGACCCUGAAUCAUGCCUUAAACGGUGAUGCUCAGUGGCAAGCCUUUAUCAGAACGGAUGCGAUCUCUGAGCCGGUUGUUAUUGGCAUUCGGUCAUCUGUCAUAGACCAGGCAGUAUUGGUUACAGUCGGACCUGGCUCCAGCACAGUGGUAUCCUGUGGGUCGUCGUCUAGAGGUGACUUUGUCCUGGUUGCUGAGCCAUCUCACUGGGAACAGUUUUUUUCUACCCACCCCCGGGCUCCAUACACGAGCUUCGUUGGUAUUCAGCUGCAUAGUAUGAAUACCAAUCAGGGCGGAGCAGAGAUUCGUGGGGAUCGGACUAAAUAUGCCCAGUUUGCGCACCUUACAACUCAUCUUCUUGAAAUGAUCCGCAAGGGAAUUCACGGUCCCCUUUCCCAAGAAACACAGACUGUCAUCGAUGAAGAUCAUAUCACUGGCAAAUAUGUCUAUAUCAAUACUCCGGUCUGGGGAAAGUCCAAGGUAUUCUAUGAGUUUAGUGGCGAGGGGCCGCAGGAAAUCAUGUUCCUUCACACCGCCGGAAGUGACGGUCGCCAGUACCACGCUGUCAUGAAUGAUCCAACCAUGAGAAGAAAGUGCAGGAUGAUCGCGUUCGAUCUCCCAGCCCAUGGAAGGAGCUUUCCAGGGGAAAACCAUAUUCCGGGAAACUACACUAACACCGAGGACGCGUACGUGGGGGCAGUCCGUGAGAUGGUGAAGGUUUUGAAGCUGAAUAAGCCUAUUAUUUGCGGUGCUUCCAUGGCUGGCCAGGUAUGCAUUGCAGUGGCUAUCCGGGCUGAAGAGGUUGGAGCGGGUGGCACCAUUCCACUGCAAGCGUGCGACUACUUGGCUAUGGAGCGACAGUUUGAUGACAAGUCGCCCUUCAUUAACCAGUCUCUGUUCAAUCCAAACUGGAUCUACGGAGUGAUGGCUCCAAAUACGCCGCUUGCAAACAAGAAGCUCAUCUGGCAUCUCUAUAGUGGUCAGGCAUACGGCAUCUUCCACGGCGACCUUGAUUUCUACCUCGGGGGUUUCGAUGCCCGUAGCAGGCUCUCCCAGAUUGAUGUCAAGAAAUGUCCUAUUUACUUUCUGACUGGGGAGUUUGACUGGGGCACGACUCCUGAUAUGAGCCACGCAACUGCUGAGAAAAUUAAAGGCGCAGAAUUCAAACGAAUGCACGGGCUGGGUCAUUUUCCAGCAACGGAGAACCCCUCGAUAUUUAUACCAUAUCUCCUAGAUGCGAUCAAUUGGAUCCAGAAGACUAGGGCGCUCUGA